AUGCCGCACCCAGUCCUGCGCCCUCGCCAGCGCAGUGAGGACCUUAGGGAGCUGUACCGUGAGAACGACGCCAACAACGGCGCAGUUCAGGACUCGGUCAAGCGACACCGACUUCGCCGUAUCAAAGCUUACUCGGCGCUGGCUACAGCAGCCGCGGCGUCGCACGAUAGGCCGAGGGUGUACUCUCUGCCGGUGAGCCAGGACGAGGUGCUCGAGAGAUUCACUGCCAAGGUAAGUGUCAUAGGAAUGUAAUCGUUGCGUUGCAGGCUCUGUCUUCAGAUCAUGAGCAGCCCAGUACCCUCACAGGCGACCGGCUUGUCGAUCGGCCGUUCCUUGAUGUUCAAGCGGAGUCUAACCUAUCGAUAGAACAAGCCCGUCGUCGAGAGGAAGACCACAGAAGUACUCGUGCACAAGCUUUUCACACCAGCGUGCGACGAGUCCCCGAGUACGGCCUCAGACUUUUCCUGCACUGGAGACCUGAGCAAUGCGAGCACCUUACUUCACCGCAAAAGCAAAGCCGAGGACCUAAGAUCGAGAUACGCUCUCGAGAGCAAGACUGUCGUCGAUGGCGGAGAAUAUUCGGAGCCGGACACUCUCUUCUUGGGAAACAUCGUCAACUCGGAGACCACGGCGACACAUGAGCCGGUCGAGGAGGCUGUGUACUGCAUUUGUCGUCGCCCGCUCGACGCAGCACAGGGUGAGAUGGUGAAAUGCGACGUCUGCAGCGAGUGGUUCCACCUGCACUGUGUUGGUCAAGGUCAUCGCGAUGUCGAUUACUUCGCCGAUCACAUCUUCUUCUGUCCGGAUUGCGAGACCAUUGCCUUCCAGGAGAUGGCCGCGGACGAGGAAAAGGCCGCUUUGACAGCCGGUGCUGUGGCCGAUGCUGGUGCUGGUGUCGACGCUGGAAAAGAGCGGGAUUAG